AUGAAGGCCAAAACUCUUUCAAUGGAAAUGGGGAUAAGGCACAGCAGCCUCUGGCACACUACUGCGAUAGUGAUACCAAUGGCCUUCAAUAUGAUGGUCAAUGGCCCAGGAGGCGCUCCAGAGAUUGAUUUCUCCGUUACCAGCAAGGACUGCGAAGUCUUCGAGGGCACCCAAUUGAAGAAUUGUCCUUCAAUUGCCAAGGACAUCAAGACGUGCCAAGAGAAGGGCAAGACGAUUCUUCUUUCAAUCGGCGGAGCCACCUACAGCGAGGGUGGCUUCAAGUCGGAGGAAGCUGCCAAGGACAGUGCAAAGCUGAUGUGGGAGACCUUUGGCCCCAAGCAAGAGGGUUCCAAAGCCCUUCGACCCUUCGGUGACGCCGCCUUGGAUGGGUUCGAUUUCGACUUUGAGGCCAAUGUCCAACACAUGGCCCCGUUCGCCAACGAGCUGCGUUCACUGAUGGAGGCAGACAAGAGCAAGCAGAAGUUCUACUUGACAGCAGCGCCGCAAUGCCCUUAUCCCGACCAGGCAGACAAAGAGAUCCUCAACGGUCCUGUUUAUAUCGACGCUAUCUGGGUUCAGUUCUAUAACAACUUCUGCGGCGUCAACAACUUCAACACCGACAGCUCAAGCAGCAAGUACAACUUCGAAGAGUGGGACAACUGGGCCAAGACGGUGUCAAAGAACAAAGAUGUCAAGGUAAUUAUUGGCGUGCCGGCAUUCACUUCCGCCGCCAGCACGGGGUAUAUCCCGGCGUCAAAGUUGGCAGAGGUAAUUGAAUACACGAAGAAGUUCGAGAGUCUUGGGGGUGUUAUGAUGUGGGAUGCCACGCAGGCAUACGCCAAUGAUGGCUUUAUCAAGGACGUGCGAAAAGCCCUGGGCCCUGCGAAUGAUUCCGGUUCGUCGUCGUCCGAUCCGGUGUCAACCUCGGCAUCUACCUCUACGUCCACUGACUCAACGACUACAACAAAGACAACGAAGACCUCGUCGUCUUCCAGUGUACCAGACUCCUCACACUCGUCUUCCUCCUCCUCAUCUGCUUCUGCUUCGCACAAGGCAGCUGAAGAAACCACCACCAAGGAACAAAAGCCCGUUGCUACCGCUACACCACCCAAACCGACUACUAUCGCCAGCACAACAGCAGAGCCCGAUGCCUCUACAACUACAUCUGCUGAGACAACUGCGGCUCCCAUCUCGAAUGCUAGCCCGCCGGAUGAGAAUCACUCGAGUGAGGAUAACUCGAAGAGCAACGAUGAAUCAAGCAACAAAUCGGAUAGUAAUAUUCUCACAUCUAUCCUCGGCAACGACCUUCUUGGUCUACUGAGUGGCCUCCGUAAGGCGAACAAUGUUGCUAGCGGCGCCACCCAUGGUCCAACGAACAAUCUCCGACAUGGCCAUCGCAACCGCACCUAA